UCAUGCUGCCCUUUCUGUUCUGUGGCAUGCUUCUGGCGGCCCUUGGCUCUGUCACCUGGACCCUGCCGAAUCCCGAGGAGUCCAGCUUUGAUUUAGCAGAGAUCAGGCCUGACCUGGCUGAGAAGAUAAAUGAAACUCAUGCCAAAGUACUGGAGAUCUGGAUGGAGCUGAGACGGCUGCGGGAGGUGGAUGCCACGGAGAUGUAUGCAAUCUGCCAGGUGCAGCCAUCGGCCUCGCUAGCGACCGAUCAGCCGCGAGUCACCGGCCUGGUCCUCUUCAAGCAGCUGUCACCCAGCUCCAGGCUUGAAGCCUUCUUCGAUCUGGAAGGCUUUCCUGCCCAGCCAAAAGCCUCCAGCCGCGCCAUCCACGUGCAUCAGUUCGGGGACCUGAGCCAGGGCUGCGAGUCCACCGGGCCUCACUACAACCCGACCUCCGUGCAGCACCCGCGGCACCCAGGCGACUUCGGCAACUUUAUGGUGCGCGACGGCCGCCUCUGGAAGCACCGCACAGGCUUGAACGUUUCGCUGGCAGGCCCGCACUCGAUCUUGGGCCGGGCGGUGGUGGUCCACGCCGGCGAGGAUGACAUGGGCCGCGGCGGUAACCAGGCCAGCCUGGAGAAUGGCAACGCUGGUCGUCGGCUCGCCUGCUGCGUGGUGGGCUCCAGCAGCUCCGCGGCCUGGGAGCGUCAAGUACAGGAGCGCAAGAAGCGGCGGCAGGAGAGAGAAUGCAAGACCACUUAAGCGUCACUCCGGGCUGCAGAGCCCAUCCAUGUCGCAGAGAUGCCUCCGCGCCCCAGUCGCCUCCACGCGUCUCAGACAGAUGCCUUCCAGACACCCCAGUCGCCGCUGCGAGCCCCCACACGCUUCCUCGCACCCCUGACACCUCUGUAUGGCCCCAGAUGCCUUCACAACCCUCCUCCCCCACCGUCACCUCCGCGCUACCCAGAUGUCCCCGACGUGGACCAGACACCUUUCCUCUGUGUCCUCGAGUGACCCAAGAAUCCUUUCGUGCCGAAGGCACUUCCACAGACGCAGAGGUCCUUCGUGCCCCAGAUACCUGCAUAAGAUGAAGGUUCCCUCCAUGCUGGACACUCCCCCUUAAGGGCCCUCUGUGUCCCGACAAUUACACAUGCCCUUAGAAUGCCCUUUGAAACAGUCUUUGAGUCUGUUUGCUUCCAGAGGAAAUUCUCCUCCCCCUGGCGAGAUCGCAAAA